AACUAUGCAGCUGCAUAUGCUACUGGUCUUCUUCUUGCCCGUCGUCAUCUCAAGAAUCUGGAGCUGGACAAAAUUUUUCCAGGCCAAGAUGAAAUUAACGGCGAGUACUUUAUCGUUGAAGAGGAAGAUGGCCGCAGACCAUUUAAAGCUGUACUGGAUGUUGGACUAUCUCGAACUACAACCGGCUGCAAGAUAUUUGGUGUAAUGAAAGGAGUGGUUGAUGGUGGAAUCGAUAUUCCUCACAGUGAGACCCGCUUCUUCGGCUACGAUUCCGAAAACAAGAAGUACAACGCUCAAGCGCAUCGCGAUCGUAUUUUCGGGAAGCAUGUAGCCGAUUACAUGCGAAAGCUCAAGGAAGAAGAUCCAGAAGCUUACAAUCGUCAAUUUUCGCAGUUCAUUGCGAAUGGCGUUGAGGCUGACGAUCUGGAGACGAUGUACAAAAAUGCUCACGAGGCAAUUCGUAAAAAUCCUGAUCACAUUGCCAAGCCAAAGAAACAAAUUGGAAAACCAAAGGAUUACCAUACAUACAAGAUCAGUCUGAGCGAAAGAAAGAAGCGCAUCGAGGAGAAAAAACAGCUUCUACUGCAACUGAAGGAACAACAGCAAUCAUCUACAUCAUAG